AUUCUAUAUAAAAGCACGUGUACUCUCAUCCACGCUGGGACAUAGGUCCUAUUAUUAAUUCAUUUUGCUAUUUAACAUCAAAUAAACAGAAUGGGAAAGAAAACGAAAGUUGGAAAAACACGUAAGGAUAAGUUCUAUCAGUUGGCCAAGGAGACGGGGUUUCGUUCGCGUGCCGCCUUUAAAUUGAUACAGCUGAACCGGAAAUUCGGUUUUCUGCAACAGUCGCAAGUAUGCAUUGAUUUAUGUGCCGCUCCAGGCGGCUGGAUGCAGGUGGCUAAACAGAAUAUGCCUGUUUCAAGUAUAGUCAUAGGAGUGGAUUUGUUUCCCAUACGGCCUAUUGCUGGCUGCAUUUCUCUCGUUGAGGAUAUUACGACGGAGAAAUGCCGCCAAUCACUGACAAAGGAGCUGCAAUCAUGGAAGGCCGAUGUGGUAUUACACGACGGAGCACCUAAUGUGGGUCGAAAUUGGCUUUACGACGCGUACCAACAGAUCUGCCUUACGCUUAAUGCCCUCAAACUGGGAACACAGUUCCUACGUAAGGGCGGUUACUUCGUGACCAAAGUGUUUCGGUCUAAGGACUACAAUGCCUUAUUGUGGGUGUUGAAACAACUGUUCAAAAAGGUGCACGCAACUAAGCCGAGUGCAUCUCGAAAAGAAUCAGCAGAGAUUUUUGUCGUAUGUCAGGGCUACAUGGCCCCCAAUAGCAUUGAUCCACGGCUGCUCGACGCUAAGUAUGUGUUUGAGGAGCUCGAUUUGGAGAAUAAGAAGAAAAGUAGCUUACUGCAUCCAGAAAAGCGUAAACGAAUAAAAGCUGAAGGUUAUACAGAAGAGGAUAUCAGUUUGCGGAAUAGUAUGGCCGCUAGUACUUUCAUGCAAGCGGAUAAUGCUUUAGCCGCUUUGCAAGGCAUAGCUUCCAUUACCAUUGAUGAUGAGCGCAUAAGAAAGCACAAAAAGACUACUGUAGAGAUUCUGGAAUGCUGCAAAGAUUUGAAGGUGCUCGGUCGGAAAGAUAUUAAGGGUUUGUUGCUUUGGUGGAAAGUUGUUAGAGAAGAUCUUUAUAAAACUAAACUGGAUGCGGUUAUCGAAGAACCUGAAGAAGUUGCGCCCAAACCCUUAACACAGGAGGAAAUUGAAGACAUGGAGGAUACCGAAUUACAGCAUGAAAUAGAAAAUUUAGCAGACGAAGAGCAAAAGGAGUUGAAACGAAAGCGGAAGAAGACACUAAAAUCCAAGGCCAAAUUGCAUGAGAAAAUGAACCUCAACAUGGUUAUCAAAGGUGACGAGGGACCUGUAGAAGAGAUAGAGCAUGAACUCUUCGAAUUAAGUGACAUAUCUACAACGAAAGACUUAGUUGGCAUGCUCGAUGUGAACCCAGACCAUGUUGUUGAGAAUGAGAUUCAAGAGCAACCAAAGCUCUCCAAAUACAUUAAAUAUGACAAGGAUGACAAACGCAUGGAUGACGAUGCAAAUUAUGAGAACGAUGAUGAGCCCGAAAUGAGUGCCGAUGAGGAAAGUGAUGUUGAUUACGACCGCGAUGGUCUCUGUCUAAGCGACAAUGAUAAUACACAAUGCAGUGUCAAGGAUAAGAAGAAGACACGCAACAAUCACCCACUAAUUCGUUCGGGCGAUUUUCGUGACAAGGACACAAAGCGUCAGCAACGCGUUCAGUUGUGGUAUGAAAAGGAUAACCUUCAAAAUAUUGAAUCUGACGAUGACGAAGAGAACCAUGACAUUGAGAGUUUGGCCAAAGGAUAUGAAGCAAAAGGUGUUUCCGUGUUGGGUGUUAAUACCGACCACAGCUCAAAUAUAUUGCUGGGAAAGAAGGCUAAGCGUCGUGCCCGACAUGAAGCACAAAAGGAAGAAAUCUCCGAAUCGUCAGACUCGGACGAAGAGAUUGAAAGUGAUGAAUUGAAAGUGGAUGGCAACGUGACUAAAGAACCGAAGCCUAAGAAGAUACGUCUUAACGAGCAGGAGCUUGCACUUGGCGCAUUGCUUAUACGUGGUAAGAAAACACGACGCGACCUUAUCGAUGCUGCCUGGAAUCGAUAUGCCUUCAAUGAUGACCAUUUACCUGCUUGGUUUGUGCAAGAUGAGCAGGAGCACAUGCAGAAACCACAGCCAGUGCCCAAAGAAUUGCAAGAGGAAUACCAACGCAAAGUGCAAGAACUUAAUGUGCGGCCAAUUAAGAAGGUAAUGGAGGCUAAGGCACGCAAAAAGCGACGAACUGUAAAGCGUUUGGCGAAAGCUAAAAAAAUGGCCGAGAAAGUCAUGGAGAAUGCCAAUGCUACUUCCCAAGAGAAAGUUAACCAGCUUAAAAAGAUAUAUAAGAAGGCACAGGAGAAAAAGAAAGAAAUUACCUAUGUGGUGGCUAAGAAGCAUACAGCGUCACGUCGAGCACGCCGUCCGGCAGGUGUUAAAGGUCGCUAUCGUGUCGUCGAUCCACGCGAGAAAAAGGACAAACGCUCGAAAGACGCUAAGAAACGAAGAGAAAGCAAAAAGAGAUAGAUCCCUGUUUUGAUUUUUGGGAACGAAUGUUGCGAAAUUUUACCAAUAGGGCUGCCAAGAGGUAUUCCGCGUCGUGUUCUAGUUUUACAAAAAUUACUGGGAUCGGUAAAAUAAUUGUUAUUAUCGAUUCGUAGGAACAAAUACCACGUCAAAACAGGCUAAUCAUCUAACUGGAUGCUUAGCUAGCACAAGAGUGCGGAAACUUUCAGUCUGAUGGUUUUUGGUGACCAUAAACUUAAUCCACAAAACUUUUGUUAGUACCAAAAUCUUUAUUUUUCAAUGAAUAGCGACAGUCUAAUAUUACUAAUUGUAGGUACAACUGUAAAUAAAAUUGUUUAAUCAUAAUUACAACUUCCCCAAAUUGUUUUGAUAUAUUUUUAUCGCACAAAUGGUAUUGAGGAACAAGUAGAAUUUUAUAUAUGUACAAAUGAAUAAGGAAACAUUUGAGAAGCACACUUUAAAGAAAAAGGGGGAAAUGUUACAGUCGAGCAGUUCCAACAGCCAAAUACUUUCUACACAAAAAAACUUCAACCAGUGUGCCUUAAACGUCGAUAUACGAUCGUACAAAAGAAACAAAAGGGAGAAUUUGAAAUCGCUGCAACAGCUUGCAGUAUACAACUUUGUUUAGAGUGGCGUAUGUAUGUAAAUAGGUUAACCGUUGUGUUAUGCAAUAAAAAUAAAUGUAAUUCAAAUAAAAUAAA